CGCACCACAAUCAUCGAUUAUCUCUCCUUUCGCAUUAGCAACCGCCAUAAUAAUGGCAUGCUCCUCGGUGGUGCCCAAGUUCAUGGUGCGCAGGCGACCGGCAGUGCUAGUGGUGCCGGCGGCCCCAACGCCUCGAGAGCUGAAGCGGCUCUCGGUUUUCGAUGAGCAGGACUGUAUGAGGGUCCAAAUCUCCAACCUCCAUUUCUACCGAAGGAACGAGUCCAUGGACGGCAAGGACCCCGCGCAGGUUAUACGGGACGCUCUUGCCAAAGCCCUAGUUCCCUACUACCCGUUCGCUGGACGGCUCCGAGAGCAGGAUGGAUGGAAGCUCGUCGUCGACUGCACCGGUGAGGACGUUUUGUUUGUCGAGGCUGACGCUGAUGUUGGCCUUAAGCACUUUGGUGAUCCCCUAGUGCCGCCAUUCCCGUGCGUCGAGGAGCUCAUCUUUGACGUCCCCGGCUCUUCUGCUAUCCUCAACUCUCCCCUCUUGCUCUUCCAGGUGACACGACUCACCUGUGGAGGAUUCAUCCUUGCGGUCCGAGUGAACCACACCAUGGCUGACGCACAGGGGGCGACGCAGUUCUUGGGGGCUGUGGCAGAGCUUGCGCGGGGUGCGCUAGCUCCAUUCCCGCCACCGGUGUGGAAACGGGAACUGCUGGAUGGGCGCAACCAGCAACAACCAGCGCUGGUGCACGACAAGUUGGACGAGGUGCCGGGCAGUGACACUGAUCACACCAAGGGCAGCAGUGUCAUGCUUUUGUUAGAUAACCCAGCGCUCCGGCUCUCCUUCUUCUUCGGGCCUCGAGAGAUUGAUGCUAUUCGAGCCCAGCUCCUGCCGCACCUUCAGAAGCGUGCCACAAAGUUCGACACCAUCGCGGGCUGGAUUUGGAAAUUCCGCACGAUGGCGCUGGCCCCGUACUCCAAUGAGGUGAUGAUGCUGGUGGUGGUUGUCAACGCACGUGGCCGGAACACUGCCACGGUCGGCGGGAUCCCCGUUGGCUACUACAGAAACGCGUUCGCGGUCCCGGUCGCCAUGUCAACGGCCGGGGAGCUCAGCAUGAACCCCCUGAGCUACGCCGUUGAGCUGGUGAGGAAGGCAAAAAACCAGGUGGACAUAGAGUACAUGCGGUCAACAGCCGACCUCAUUGUGCUGCGUAGGGGGCAAAGUCCGCCCAUCACCGCCGGCAUGUUUUCUCUGUCGGACACAACAAGGGCCAAGUUUGACGAUCUCGACUUCGGAUGGGGCAAGCAGGUGUAUGGGGGUCCGGCAGAAGCCGUCGGCGUCCCGUCCAUUCCCUGGCUGACCAGCUUCCUGUUAGCCUCCAAGAACGCCAACGGGGAAGACGGCAUCGUCGUACCAAUGUGCCUGCCUGGCCCUGCUAUGGAUAGGUUGGUGGAAGAGAUGAGCAAGCUGCUGCGCCUAACAACCGACGAUGUGACCCAGCUGCACCAGCCUCACGUAUUACCAGCUAUGAAAUAAUUCACCAUGUGCUGACUAUGACCAAAAUGAAACUUCAUCGUCGCAUAACAGCAUGAGAAUAGAGUCAAGUGGUAUGCUAUAUAUUGUACGUUUGUCUCAAAGGGUUCUAUUAUUUAUCCUAUAUACUAUAUAUACUGCAUGGUAUCAAUAAAAUAAUGCAGUGCUCAUUAGUUAA